GAGGGAAACGCCGCAUGCACAGAAAUCAUGACGGCAAAAAGAAAAUCAUUUUCUCUUAAUGACAAACGUAGACUGAUCGAAGCUUAUGACAAACUGCCCAAAAUUAGUCAACGAGUUGCAGCAACGAAACUUGGUAUUCCUCAGGCUACUUUGUGUACUCUACUCAAACAGCGACAAACAGUACUGGCUGCUAAUAAUGGAGACAGAAAACGAAUCCGCUCGGGGAAAGCACCCAAGGUUGAAGCCGCGCUUGUUAAGUGGAUUGAUAAUGCUCACUCAUGUAAUGCUCGCCUGAGCGCCUCCUUGGUGAAGGAAAAAGCAGAAGAAUUUGCAGCAAAACUGGGAGAGGACAAUUUCAAAGUUUCCAUUGGCUGGUUUGAGCGAUUUAAAAAGAGAGAGAACAUUGUUUUUAAGAAACUGCAUGGGGAGGCUGCUGAAGCUGACAUGGUGUCACCUGGUGAAUGGCUUGAGGACCAGUGGCAACAGAUGAGACAAGAAUACACGGAAGAAAACAUUUGGAAUGCAGCUGAGAGUGGAAUUUAUUUUCGGGCACUACCUCACAGUACUUUUACCUUUAGAUCUGACAAUAAAAGAGGUGGGAAGAAACUUAAGGAAAGGAUCACCGCUCUCUUCGCCUGUUCUGCUGCUGGGGAAAAGAAGGAACUUUUUGUUAUUGGCAAAAGUCAUAACCCCCGUUGUUUCAAUUAUGUGCACACACUUCCUGUGAGGUACGCAGCCAAUGCUCCUGCAUGGAUGACUCGCAAUCUCUUUGUGGGAUGGUUGACGGAAUGGGAUCGAAAAUUGGCCCAAGAGAGAAGGAAAAUUCUGCUGCUUGUGGACAGUUCUCCAGCGCAUGACAUGACAAACACUACACUGAAAAACAUCCGAGUUGAGUUUCUACCGAAGAACACAACCUCCUUCCUCCAGCCAUGUGACCAGGGGAUCAUCAGAACAGCUAAAGCUUAUUUUCGCAAAGAGAUGGCACGCACUGUAUUGCAGAAACUUGAUGAGGGGAGCCCAGCUACAGCUGUAGAUAUAGUAAAAAAAAUCAGUCUCCUGGAUGCUGUUCUCAUGCUACGGGAUGCCUGGGCUGAUGUCGGGGCAUCCACAAUAAGAGAUUGCUGGAGGAAAGUAGGUCUGGUCAUGUCACUAAAGGAGGAACUGGAAACUGUUGAUCCACCUGCUGAGAUCAGCGCUGAGGAGUUUGAACAGUGGAUUGCAGUUGAUGACAGUACCCCUGUAUCAGAGCCUGUUACCGAUGAGGACAUUAUCGCGGCGGUGAGAGAGGGCUUCGGUAUGGGUACCGAUACCAGUGAUGAGGAGGAGGAAAAAGUGGAGACCGUGGUGCCAUCCCGGGCAGAGAUGAGGAAUGCAAUCCGCAUUUUAAAGACUGGUCUGCCCCAUGUGGGUUUCAACAAUUUUGACCUGUUGCAUCACUUUGCAAAAGAAGUAAACUUGGUUUUGGACAAAACCACGAUCCGAAUUUGUGAAAUGACUUAUCCACAUGGCACAGAGCCAAUACAUAAAACAGAGAAAAACAUGUUGGACUUCAUAUUUUCUGUGGAUGAUCCAGUCACCUGGCACACGAUGAAUCUAAUGCAGAACCGAAAGCAUUACUCUUUCCUGAAGUACCUUGGACCCAAGAAAAUCAGCAGUAUUCAGAACGGUCACGGUGCUGGGGUUUAUUACAACACUCUAGUUCCAGCUGAUGGAAGGAUAAUAAAGUAUGGUAUCAUCAGCACUGAUACCAUGAUUGAAGACCUGCUCCACUGGAAGACCUUGUACAUUGCUGGCAGACUGCACAAACCCGUCAAAAUACUUCUCCAGAAUGAUAAUGGGAAGCUCCGGGCCGCCCUGGUGGCCAAUCUGAAAAGUGCAGUCACUGCUUCCUUCCUCAUGCUGCCAGAAAGCUUCUCCGAGGAGGACCUCUUCAUGCAGAUAGCUGGGCUGUCGUACUCGGGAGAUUUCAGGAUGGUGCUUGGUGAGGACAAAUCCAAAGUUUUCAACAUUGUUAGGGAGAACAUGCAGAACUUCCAACUUCUCUACAGCAGCAUUCUCCAGGAAUGCCCACAGGUGGUCUACAAGCCACAGCAGGGGAAGCUCGAGGUUGACAAGAGUCCCGAAGGCCAGUUUACCCAGCUGAUGGCUCUGCCCAGGACUCUGCAGCAGAGGAUCACCCUCCUGAUGGACCCGCCUGGGAAGAACCAUGAUGUGGAGGAGAUCCUACUGCAGGUGGCCCAGGACCCAGACUGUGGAACUGUGGUACAUCAAGGAAUCUCAUCGAUAGUCAAAUCAUCCAGCAUCACGCAGAGUCUGAAGGGCAUCGCCACCGCAGGACUGAUGAAAACAGUCUCAUACAGUGCAAAGAAGGUCCAGAAGAUGUGGAAAGGGUGGAGAAGGAGGACGUGAUACUGGAGCCACCUAGUCUGCCAUCAUGAGAAAUGUCAUACCAACAGACGUUCCCACAGUCCCUGAGCAGACACAUCAGUUGAAUUUUUAAGUUAUUCUCCAGAUUUUUGGUUUAAAAAAAAAAAAAAAAAAAAAAAAGUGUAAAAGAUACAGCUUCCAGUCAGGAAGAGAAGGGUGGGAAUGGAUUUUGGGCAGCUAUUCCAAGAACUGUGUACCUUAGGGUGCUGUACAAAUUUUAUUUGUAAGCAAAAGACAAAAACUAAAAUUUUUAAUACAUCGAUCCAA